AUGGUGUCAAGAAAUGAUGGUGCACGACCAAAAACGCCAUGGGCGGCUGUAAGAAGAUUCCUGAAUAAUACCACAGCUCAUGGGCUCCCACGCAUACCACAUGCGAGGAAUAAAAGAGGAAAACUGUUUUGGAUGACUGUAUGGUUUUCCUUCUUCACGGUUUUCUUUGUACAGGCCCUGAUUCUUCUCUCGAAGUACCACAGCCGGCAUCCAAUCAUAGUGAUUACGGCGAGUUGUUCCUUCUGUACAUUCGAUACAUCGUUUAUUGAGGCUUAA